AUGGGCUCAGGUACAUCCGCUGACGGGAAACGUCCAUCGCUGAUGAUAAUGGCAAUACCAGAACAGAGUACCCAGAACAGAGGCCUGAGCGGCGCCAAGUACCUCUACCCCAAGGCGGACGUCGCACAGCUGGAAAGAGUCCUCUCAGCUGUCCGGGUUUUGCUCGAGGGAGUGGAGAGCAUCAGGCUCUAUUUCCUCCGCGUAGAGGCCGCUAUUGAGAAGCUUCAAGCAGAGGGUUCACGCCUCCCAUUCCCCGAACAAGUCCCUCCCGAGCUAGACAAAAGCCUGACUAUGGUAACCGUGCAGGAAAAAUAUGUUCGAUACAUGAAGGGACUGCUUGAGCUGAACCAGGCCGUAAUCCAUGCCUGGUAUGAUGGAAGGUUAGAUCAUGCGCAGGCAUACGCGAAGUGGCAAUACGUCGAUCCACUUGCUACCUCUGCACACUUUCACGCAUUUGCAACCGAGAUACUAGCCAUGCAAACACUCGCAGGCGAAUUGCAGUCGAUUACAACAGAGCUGGAAGAGGAGGCCCGCGCAUCUUCCCAAUUGUUGGACGAAUGGGUUAUGAUCGGACAUCCCUGA